AUGCCGUUCGCCAAGCGCGUGCUUGCUGCGGGCUUGCAAGUGCUUGGGUCCCAAGCCGCAACCGUCUGGCCUGGACAUUUAGAGUAUCCCUUGGGUCUGCUGGACGGCACGGACGGAUUUCGGGUGACCGCCGAGUUUUCGACGGGCAGGCUUGGCUACUCAGUUUCUGGAGUUGGGGACGUCAACAACGACGGCUUCAAUGAUGUCAUUCUCGGCGAGUCUCCCGACUCCACCUCUACCGCCGGGGCGGCGUACGUUGUGUUCGGGUCGGAGUCCUUUUCCGCCCUAAACCUGGACGUCUCCGCUCUGGACGGCACGAACGGCUUCAAGAUAGAGGGCACUGACGCCGGAGAUUUUGCUGGGACCGCGGUUUGCGGCGCUGGGGACGUCAACGGGGACGGGUACGACGACGUGAUGGUUGGAGCUUGGGGCGCGUCCUCUGCGGCGGGAGAAAUUUUGGUCGUCUUUGGUGCGGCUACCUUCCCGGCCGUCGUUGGCGUCGCCGACCUGGACGGCUCCGCGGGGUUCGUGAUGCUCGGCGCAACCACCUCUGAUGCGGCUGGCUUCAGCCUAGCGGCGGCGGGGGACGUCAACAACGACGGAGCCGCGGACAUGAUCAUCGGAGCUUUCCAGUCGGACCCGGCGGGAUCAAUGUCUGGCGAGGUGUACGUGGUCUUCGGUUCGCUGACGUGGACCGACAGCAUACUCGACCUGGGAGAGCUGGGGUUGCGCGGGCUGACGUUUGAGGGCGCGGAGCGACGGGAGUAUGUGGGUCACAGCGUGGCCGGCGCCGGAGACGUGAACGACGACGGCUACUCGGAUGUGAUCAUCUCUGCCCACGGUGCCAACGAGGCGUACGUGUUCUACGGAGCCGCGGUGUUCCCGUCGGAAGUCGUUUCGCUUGGUGCGCUCUCGGGAGACGACGGUUUCAUCAUCUCUACUGGCAACGACGGAGACGAGAUCGUUGUCACCGGGGCAGGGGACAUGAACAACGACUUGUACGGGGACAUCGCCAUCGGGCAUGCCCUCGCCGACCCGGCGAGCGGCGGCGGCAGCUCGGCCGGGGCGACCUACAUCAUAUUCGGCGGAGGCGACAUCUCCACCCCUGUCAACGUGCUGACGGAUCUGAACGGCAGCAACGGUUUCGUGCUCGAGGGGGCUUCUCAGGGGGACCGCAGCGGCACGUCGGUCGCCAGCGCCGGGGACAUCAACCAGGACGGCUACGACGACAUCGUGAUUGGUGCCCCCGGAGUCGGCAGCGAUGCCGGCUCGGCCUACGUCGUGUUCGGCGGGGAGACCCUCUCCGAAGCCUCGUACACCCUAGGCGCCAUCGAUGCCGAGGGGAGCUACACACUGACAGCCCCGUCGGACGAGGGCUUCGGAGGCUUUUCGGUGUCAGGGGCGGGCGACAUGAACGGAGACGACUUCCCGGACCUAGUCGUGGGCGCCUACGGCUCCGGCACGGCCGGGGAGGCCUUCGUGGUCUUCCCGGGCCUCACCGGAACUCCGCCCCCAACCAUGUCUCCCACGCCGGGACCACCCACACCGGCGCCGGUGUCCGCCGGGCCCGGGGCCACUCCCUCGCCCACGGUCAACUUUCUGGUGGAAGGCGUCGUGGGAGCGGGGACGGUGCACGACAGCCCCGGAGUGUUCGUGCGGGCGCACGAGCUUGGCGGGCAGGUGUCGCUCGGAGCAGACAGGUGGUUCGACGACGACACAAGGGUUGCCAUGGCCCUGGGAGGCCUGCAAGAAAAGAGCUCUGAGGGAGACCUCGUGGGUCUGGGUGCCGAGCUCCCCCACGUAGCGGACGGAGGCGGCCUGGUGUACGAGGCCACCGCCACGACCAACGUCACCGUCGAAGGCGUCGCCGCUCAAGAGAGCACCAUGACCACGUCCGCCCUGGGCGGCGAGGUGUCGAUCACGGUCACCAUGCAAGUGUUCGAGGAGGAUGGUGUCGUCACCAGUGGCGACGAGCAGACGGAAGUGUCUGCUGGGACUCUGAAAAUCUCGCUCGAGGUGUCCGACUGGCCGUUCUGCGACCCAUCCACGGAGCCCCGCCGUAGCACCGAUGACACGCCCCUCACGGUGUGCCCGGCGGGGACGGCGUCGUCCUCGACCCUCGAAACCGGAGCUUUUCUGGACGUCAAGAUUGCGGUGCUGGGCCCAUCUUCGUCGACCCCGGUCCUGUCGACACCUGCUCUGGAGGAUGCGGAUAGAAACGGAGGGGUGGAGUACACCAUGACCGGCGAAAGUGCCGAGGCAACGCUGGUGAUGUCGGAGUGGAUCAGCACCGACGACACCGGGUGGACCAAGUCGGACGAGGUCUCCUUGUCGGGCACUAGCUUCACCGUGAGGUUCCCGGCAUCCUCCGGCACCCUUCUCUACGACCCGACCCUGGAGCUGUCCCUCGUCGACCCUGACGAUGUCGAAUUCUGGAGACAUCCUUGGUUCGCGUGGACGGCCUCAUCGCUCGGGGCGUUGAUUGUCGUCUGCCUGCUAGGCUGCGCCUUCCGCCGCCAUCGGCGAGCGGAAAAGGACAAGGUGUCCCCUGGGUUCGAGGCCGUUGCCCCCGCCAUGGACCCCGGGGACGGUAACGGCACUCGGCCAGGCGGACGGCGACCAGGUGGCCGUGUCCUGGCGAGGAUGCCCCCCUUCAUGCGGAUCAAGAACAGCCGCACCGGUGUGGAGCAGGCAACCGCGACGCCAGGUGGACAGAGGUACACCCGGAGGGUCCGCUGGCGGAGAAAAGGCUCUUCUUCCGUAGCAAACCACGCCACCGCGGGUACGGCAGACGACAGGGGCGGCGGCACCGCGGCAACAGCGGCGCCUUGCUCUAGCGGCGGGGCGGCGGCCGGUACUCCGGACUGGAUCCAGGGUCUAGGCGGAGACGAUGGUGGCGGUGGUGGUGGCGGGGGUGGUGGCGCCGAGGCCAGCGCGGGGGUACCGGACUGGCUCGCCGACGUCGCUGGCUCGGCAGGGGCUAACGCAGCCGGAGACGCCAACGCGGCCGCCGGUGGCUACGACGACGGCUACUACGGCCAAGGGUACGAGGGCUACGAAGGAUACGAGGGGUACGAGGGGUACGAGGGGUACGAGGGGUACUAUGGCGAUGGAUAUGGGUACGAGUAUUCCGCAGCAGGCUACGGUGGUGCGGAUGAGCGCCAGGGCGUUAGCAAUGGCACACCAGCCGCGACCCCUCCUCCUGCUGCCGGCGCCGGUGAUGGUGCCGGAGGCGGUGGAGGUUUGAGUUGGCUAACGAAUGCUGCAAGCACGGUGAACGGAAUAAACAACCAGGAAGAGGAAGACGAAGCUUCAUGA